UCGUUCGUGUAGGCUCGGAUUUAAACUCAUCGGUACAUGAAAAAUAUCAGAGAGAAUCCCAUUCCUGUGAACCAGUCUGCAGGUCUGGAUCACAUCAAACCAUGUUGGUACUGGGACAAACGGGACCUGGCUCACACCCCGUCCCAGUCAGAGGGACUCGACCCUGCGACAGAGGCCAGGUACCGGAGAGAAGGUGCGCGGUUCAUCUUCGACGUGGGCACCCGGUUAGGACUCCACUAUGACACACUGGCCACUGGCAUAAUUUACUUCCACCGCUUUUACAUGUUCCACUCAUUCAAGCAGUUCCCAAGAUAUGUGACGGGCGGAUGCUGCCUCUUCUUAGCCGGGAAAGUGGAGGAAACUCCCAAAAAGUGCAAAGACAUCAUCAAGACGGCCCGCAGCCUGCUCAACGACAUCCAGUUCGCUCAGUUCGGGGAUGAUCCGAAGGAGGAGGUCAUGGUGCUAGAGCGUAUCCUCCUGCAGACCAUCAAGUUUGAUCUGCAGGUGGAGCACCCCUACCAGUUCCUGUUGCGUUACGCCAAGCAGCUCAAAGGUGAUAAGAACAAGGUACAGAAGCUAGUGCAGAUGGCGUGGACCUUUGUGAACGACAGCCUGUGCACCAUGCUUUCCCUGCAGUGGGAGCCAGAGAUCAUCGCCGUGGCCGUCAUGUACCUGGCCGGACGCCUCUGCAAGUUUGACAUCCAGGAGUGGACGGCCAAGCAGUCGUCCCGCCGCUGGUGGGAACAGUUUGUCCAGGACGUGCCUAUGGAGGUGCUGGAAGACAUCUGCCACCAGAUCCUGGACCUCUACUCCCAGGGCAAGCAGCAGAUGCCCCCGGGUGCCGGCCCAGCGGCGGCCAGCGGCCCGGCCUCCGCGGUGCUGGAGAAGGCGGCCUCAUCCAGCCCCGCUCCCCCCCAGCAGCUCCAGCUCCAGGCGCUGCCUCCACCCCCGGCCCUCCUCCCGCCCUCCCCGGCCCCCCAACCGGCCAAGAAGCCGUCGCCACAGACCAGCCCCCCGAGGCAACUGAAGAGAGCCCAGGUGUGUCCGUCUCCUAAAGAAGAGAGCAAGGCUGCAGAGCUCUCUGGUGCCAAGGUCCCUCGACUGGAGCCCCCCGUGCCUCCGAUGCCCGCUGCCCAGCCGCCCCCAGAACACAAGCCCCCCCCCUCGUACCCGCCACCCAGGGAGCCCGAGCCCCCUCCCUCCCAACCGCCGGACGCCGCCAAGCACCCUCCCCCCUCCCACUCGGCUUCGGCACACCAGCCCCCUCCCCCCUCCCACCCCGGCUCCGCCCACCAGCCCCCGCCCCUCCCCCACCGGCCGGCCCCGCCCCCCAGCCAGGCCUCCCAGGCGGCCUACAUCAUGGGCAUCCCCACCUCCAGCUCCUACAUGUCGGGGGAGGGCUUCCAGAGCCUCCAGUCCCUCAUGACCCCGGAUGGGAGCGGCGGCGGCGGCGGCGGCGGCGGCGGAGGCUACCCUGCCCCCUCCCAGGCCUAUCCCCCACCCCCGCUGGGCUACCACAGCCACGCCUACCCUCCCUCCUCUGCCGGACCCCCGCCUCCCCCCUCGCAGGCCGGCGCGUCCUACCACGGCCCCCCCCCCAACGCCGCGUACCCACCGCCGCAGAUGCCGCCGCCGCCGUACAGCCACGGCUACGGUAUGCCCCCGCCCCCCCACGGCCACAUGGGCAUGGCCCACGGCAUCCCGGCGUACGGGCAGGGGGGCGCACCCCCGCCAGGCAUGCCCCCCGGCAUGCCACCGCCCCCCCCUGGCGGGAUGAGCCGGGGCGCCUGGAUGAGGUGA